UCCAUGCAGGAGACUUAAUACACAGCCAGUGGAGGCUCCGGUGAGAGAUAAUAACCUACCGGAGAUGGUGUCAUUUGUGAACGGUGAAUGUGGCUCCGAGACUGUUAACAAACGGAGACGGACAACCGGCGCUUCACCUCCAACAGAAGCGCACACAACGGUCCAGCAGCGGCAGACUGCCCGGCACAGAAAGCAAACACUCAUGUCCAAGUUGAGUGACUCCGGUUUUGAGGAAGACUUGGGGUCCUCCCCGAUUUCAUCCCCGGCGCGGAUAGAUGUGUCCCCGCUCCGUUCAGACGAGCAUCCUGCAGGACAGCUGUCCAACUGGUAUCUCCAGUACGGGGACAUCGGUUUCAAAAUCCAGAGGGAGAAAGAGGCGCAGUUUCAUUCCUGCAAAAGCUUGGCACGCCAGCCACAACUGACUGCAGAGGCCAGGUGUAAGCUCGUCAGCUGGCUCAUCCCUGUAAACAAACAUUUCCGUCUGUCCUUUGAGUGCUGCUGCUUGGCAGUGAACAUCAUGGACAGGUUCAUGGCAUCCACACCGGUGGCGGCUGACUGCUUCCAGUUACUGGGUGUAACUGCACUCCUCCUAGCCUGCAAACAGGUGGAGGUGUGCUCACCACGGAUCAGCCAUCUCUUGUCAUUGUGCUGUGAUGCCUUCACUAAGGAGCAGCUCUGCAACCUGGAGUGUCUCAUCCUCCUCCGUCUCAACUUCCGCCUUGCUGCACCCACCCUGGCCUUUUUCCUGGACUAUUAUACCAACUGCAUUGAGGCUGCCCAGCGUGAGACUGAGAACACAAGUGGUGACAGGUUUACAAUAAUGAAUCCAGACACAAAAAGACCACAGCAGUGCAGCAACCUCGCACAAAAGGUGUGCGAGUUGAGUCUAGCAGACUAUGCUUUCAACAAAUACCCACCAUCUCUGACUGCUAGCUGUGCACUGAGGAUAGCCAGUGAGUUACUGAAAACUGAACAAGGGCUUGGCCACUUCCUGUCUGUGAAUCAGGGGAGCUACAACCACAAUCUGGCCCAGGAAUGCAAAGACAACCUGAGUCUGUUGGUGUCAUUAAACCAGGAGACAUUGGAAAUUAUAUAUAUGUGACUACAACUGUGCCACUAUUCAGAUGUUAGCAAAAUGCCAAAUUCCUCUCAACUAGGGAUUUUAUUCUUAGGUUUAUUUAAAGAUGAUGUUCAGAAGUUACGUCUGGUGCUA